AUGCUAGUAGAAGAUCCCAACUUGGCAAUAAGGCCGGACUUCGCAUCACAAGAACACGAAGCUUCACGGCAUCAAUUGGUCGAAGAAGGUCUCUCGAACGAGAACGCUGCACGAACCUUAGCAGCCUUAUGGACCUUAGCUAACAAUGCUGAGAAAGACCGGUGGGCGCUUAAGCAGCGACGGUUGCUAGAGGCGAGGCAAAGAGAAGAGGAGGAAGAGGAAGAACGUCAGCAACAACGCAAGGAAGAGGAAGAGACCGCUCGCCUGGAAGAACGGAAGAAGAACAAAACUAAGUACGCGCCCAUAGUGCGCGGAAAGGUACCUUCCGACCCCACCAUUCUCCCAGCGCAAUAUGCCAUAAGGAAAAUGAAGUCCGGAGACUACUGCGAACUCCAUUAUUUCACCAACCGCGGUCUCGAGGAUGCGAAACUAUCCAACCUAAUAGCGGAACCAGAAGCCAUGGUAAUGCUGCCAGCAGCGGAUGGUCUGCACUCUUGGAUCCCUGCAGCGGCAGUAAAGGACCCGAAAGCUGCGCCAGUGGUGAAGGACGAAAACUUGUCCUGGGAGGAAUUCAACGAGGCCGCUCCUCGCAUGAUCACAAUGAUGAAAUUACGCAUCGUUGGCGCCACUCACCAGAUCAGCUCAAACAACGAGCGCUGCUACUGUAUCAAUCCCAGCAACGAAGGCGCUGGCAUCAGACAAUAG